AUGACUGAAGUAUUGGCAGCAUCAAAGGCCCAGAACCUGGACAUUCAACUACAAAUACUAGGACCCUUUUUUAGAAUCACAGCCAAGAGUGUUGAAACUAAAAAUGAGCUUGGGAGAGCUGAAGGGCUUAUAAGGGUCUGGUUGAGAGGCAAAAUUCUUCAUCUUGAUUCAAUAAGAUUGCGAAGAGAAACACUUGGCAUGGAAAAAUCAAUCUUUGGCAUUGGUUUGUUUAUUGGAGCUGUUGCUAUUCGGUAUGGGUAUGAUUGUGGUUGUAAGACUGCUGAGUUGCUUGCUAUUAAUGACUCCAACCUUUACCAUUCCAAGGUUCUAUACAAGAAUUGGGUUCAAGUUUGUGUACGAAGUGACGGGCUCAACUAUUGGAGACCUUCCUCACAUGUUGGUCUGGGGGGCAUUGGAACCCGAAUGGAUGCUGAUGUCGAAGAGCUUCUAAUAAAAUGGUGUGCCAGGUUCAAAAGUGGAGAAUGA